AGGAAGUGCCCUGCGUACUUCUGUAAAUGAUUUCUGCUUGGUAACGGACCUGUUGGUCAUAUGACACCACGUCAACUGAAUAACCUGUUCGCUUAAAACCAGAGGGCAUCCCACUCUCAGUGGCUCUGAAUCUAUCCCAGCGCAGCAGCAACUGCGGAGGCAGGCAUUCAGCCAUCGCCAUGGAUUCCUGGGACUUGACAGAAGAAGAGAUGGCCGACAUGAAGAAGGAGGUUAUCGAACGCCUCAGGCCAUAUCUGUGUGACAAGCUCGUCGCCGACAGGCACCUGGAUUAUUUACGCUCCAAGAAAAUCAUCUCCAGGGAGGAUGCGGAGGAAAUCACCUGCAGAGCAGGAAACAGGAGGAAGACCGGGAAGAUGCUGGAUUACGUGGCAGAGAAUCCGAGGGGCCUGGAUUCCUUGGUCGAGUCCAUACGUAAGGUGAGGACCAAGGACUUUGUCAUCCUGAAGAUUACCAGCGAGGUGGAAGUCGUGAAAAGCGAGAGGAGAUGGGGAGCAGUGCUGGCGAAGGGAUUUGGGCCAUCUCCAUGCGCCAAGGCUUCCAGAACGUUCUCCAUGUGGUCCGACAACAGUGCCAGCUUUGAGAAUGAGAAGGAUUCCCCGGGAACCCUGAUGUCCAAUUUGUACUCCUGGUCGAGUCCGUGCUGCCGGUCAUCCGGAACCCCGUCAUCCAGCACCCACCUCCCAAAACCUGGGGAACACGGAGCCCCUGAACUCCCUGAGCAGGGAAGCAAAGAGCCCUGGAGCCUGUGCUCAUGUUCUACAUGCCGCCGCUAAUGAGAACCACUCAUUACGCUGGACACCUCCUGCAAAGCAGGACUUCACUUUCCUGUUAAGCAAAAUGGACCAUUCAUUCAGCGUUAAAUGAAAAGGGAUUAAGCUUUCCACAGUCCGGGGGUGCUGCACACACCAAACUCUCGCCUCGUUUGUUGGUGUAAACCAGCAUUCCCCAGUUCAGGUACUAGAGGGCCAGAAUCCAACGCAGUUUGCAGAUUUCCAAAUCCAAAGAUUUCCAAAAGCAGAGAAAUCUGCCAGCUUUUCUGGAUCCUGGCCCUCCAUAAUCAGGACCGGGUAGCCUUGACGCGAUCAAGUUUCAUUCAUAAGCACCCGCUCAAAACCCGGCUGUGCUUUCCUGUCAUUACGAGCAGACGUCAUACCGCUUUGAGCUUUGUUACCGCUCCAUACCGGCGAUCCAGAGUCCAUUGCGGCAUAAACCUGGGAAUGGUGCACAAGGCCGUAAGGG